AUGGGACGAGAUCACUCAAGCAAGACGUCCAUCAGUGAUGAAAAGAAUAAGAAACAACAGCAGAAUGCGACUGUAAUGCCGGAACUUGGAGAGAAGCUUCGCCUGAUGAAUGGCUCGUCUCAUCACAGCACGGAAAGCACCAGCAGCAGCAGUCGUCAGCAUCGCUCCUCUUCCUCCUCAUCCGCUAGACGGCACCGAAGAUCCUCGAGUCGAAGCAGCUCCAAAGCCUCUCACUUAACGGAAAUGGAAGAUAAGAUGGAGCGAAUGCAGCCUCCUUCUGAUUCGCCAUCGCCAUCGCCAUCACAGGAAUCGUCACCCAUCACCCGAAGGUCUUCUAGCAGACGAAGCGGUUCAUCCAACAGACGUAGCGGCUCAUCCAACAGACGAAGCGGUUCAUCCUCGCGUUCUCAAAGCGGCUCAUCUCGAAAGCGCUCGGGUCGAAGUUCUACUAGACAAAGGGAUGGCAGCAAGAAAUCAGAUGAUGCUCUGAAUCUUCCGGCGGAUGUGGAUCCGAAUCUAUCCGAUGAGGAUUGUACUCCUGGCGCCCAUCGCGUGGGUAGCUUUGGUCAGGUCAGCACCUUAUCGCCCGCCUCAUUUGAACACAAUGAAAGCACGGAUGAUCAAAGCUUUUCCACGGCUAGCAGAAGUUCUGGAACGAGCAGUGUUGGUGCCGGAGCUACCAUUAGAUCCUCUACUACUAGUGGUA